UCCUCUCCUCUCUCUGUUUCUCGUCUGGUCUGCGAGCUUGAAAAGCAAACCAAGUUGACGGUUAGUAAAAACCAAACUCAAUCGCUAAAACUCGGAGGGUAUAUAACUAUAUAUGUUAAAGACGACGAUCACCGGCAACAAAACGACGACGUGGUUGGGAUUUGACCAGGAAAACGACAGCGUUUAGAAAAUGCUGCAAACGGGUGUGCCCGGGGAAGCCGAGGCCUUGGGCGACUCCGGUGGCCAGACGGUGGUCGUGGGGGUGAAGCUGGACUCGCCGAGCAGAGAGCUGCUGACGUGGGCUCUGGUCAAGGUGUCUCAGCCCGGUGACCUUGUUGUGGCUCUCCACGUUCUUGGAAAUGACGAAAUUGUGGAUCAAGAUGGGAAGUCGUCGCUGCUUUCGCUUGUCAAGGCGUUUGACUCUGUUCUUGCUGUCUACGAAGGUUUCUGCAACCUGAAGCAGGUGGAUCUCAAGCUUAAGGUUUGCAGAGGUACAUCAGUUCGGAAAAUUUUGGUUCGGGAAGCAAAAGCUUACUCAGCUUCAAAGAUUAUAGUCGGAACUGCUCGGAACCACCAUAAAAUCCGGUCUUCGACCUCGGUGGCUAAGUACUGUGCUAAAAAACUGUCCAAGGAUUGCUGGGUUCUUGCUGUUAAUAAUGGGAAAGUUGUGUUCAAGAGAGAAGGUUCUCCAACAACUAUCGGUCACUUAAAAGGAACCGAAGAUCAUCGCCGAAAUGGUUUACUUAGCAUGAUUCAUGGGAAAUUUAGUAAGAACACAAAAGUACUAAACGAGGGCAAUGCCAGCCUGAGCUUAAAGGAGAGAUUUGAGGAGGGGAUUUGCCAAGAUUUGGAGCAGGGCUUAGCUAAAGCUGUUGUGGAUUGUAGAGAGAGUGCUACAAAGCAGAAGUGCUCAAUUUGUGCACCCAACUGUGAGUUGCUGGAUAAUUCUUGUGAGCAAUCUGCAGAAGAGUCCUCUGGUGAUGGAGGUGAAGAUAAUAAGUCUUUGGCUAUAGUGCCAGUACAGAAGGAAGAGGCAGCGUCUGGUUCAAUUUCUCUGUUGAUCAAAGAAAUACCGGAAUUAAAACCCGGUUGGCCACUACUCCAUCGUACUGUUCUGUCGGAUAGAAAAGUUUCUGAGAGGUCUUUGGUGCGGCAGAUCUCUGUGGUUCAGUGGGCAUUGCGGUUGCCUAGUAGGCAUUAUUCAUGUACUACUAUUUCAGAUCACAAACAAAUUAGAUAUGAUCAGGGUGAAGACCAGUCAUCAAACUUAGACGCUGAAAGUGGCGCAAUUGUUCCGGUCGCUACUGAGACAUUGGCUGCUCCACCUUCUCCUGAACACUGUCCCAGAAGGGUACCGAAAGAAUUGGAGGGUCUUCAUGAGAAGUACUCGUCAACUUGCAGAUUAUUCAUGUACCAGGAACUCCUUUCAGCAACAUCGAAUUUCUUGCCUGAAAAUUUGAUUGGGAAAGGAGGCAGCAGUCAGGUUUAUAGAGGCUGCCUUCCAGACGGCAAGGAACUUGCUGUGAAGAUCUUAAAGCCAUCUGAAGAGGUUUUGAAAGAGUUUGUCUUGGAAAUAGAGAUUAUUACGACCUUAUCUCAUAAGAACAUCAUUUCUCUUCUGGGGUUCUGUUUUGAGGAUGGCAAUCUUCUCUUGGUUUAUGAUUUCUUAUCAAGAGGAAGCCUUGAAGAGAACCUUCAUGGGCAUAGGAAAGACCCGCUUGCAUUCAGUUGGAGUGAGAGAUAUAAAGUGGCAGUGGGUGUAGCUGAGGCCUUAGAAUAUCUGCAUAGUGGCUGUGCUCGACCAGUGAUCCACAGGGAUGUUAAAUCGUCAAAUAUACUAUUAUCUGAUGAUUUUGAGCCGCAGCUCUGUGAUUUUGGACUUGCAAAAUGGGCACCAACCUCUUCAUCACAUAUAACCUGCACUGAUGUUGCAGGCACCUUUGGUUACUUGGCUCCUGAAUACUUCAUGUAUGGCAAAGUAAAUGACAAGAUUGACGUCUAUGCAUUUGGUGUUGUACUCCUUGAGCUUCUUUCAGGAAGAAAACCUAUAAGCAAUGACUAUCCAAAAGGCCAAGAAAGCCUAGUCAUGUGGGCUAAGCCAAUUCUAAAUGGUGGGAAGGUGUCCCAAUUAUUAGAUCCAAGCUUGGGCAAUAAGUACAAUCAGGACCAGAUGGAGAGGAUGGUUUUAGCAGCAACUCUUUGCAUCAGGCGUUCCCCACGAGCACGGCCUCAAAUGAGCCUUGUUUCGAAGCUUCUUCAUGGGGACUGUGAGAUUACCAAGUGGGCAAAGCUACAAGUUAAUGUUUUGGAGGAAUACGACAUGCUGGAUGGCGAAGGUUGUCCACGUUCUAAUCUGCAGUCGCAUCUUAACCUGGCACUGCUCGAGGUGGAUGACUCACUCUCCAUAAGCAGCAUUGAGCAAAGUGUGUCAUUGGAGGACUACUUAAAAGGCAGGUGGAGCCGCUCAUCGAGCUUUGACUGACCGCGUUUCUGUAAUUCUUUUUGUAUAUUCUUUUGCCUUUUUCCCCUCCUUGCCAUUGGCUUUUGUUUGUCUUCUCUGCUUUUCUUAUGGAAGGGUUUUGGAUGAGAGGUUGUUUGCGAGUGUGCCCUCCUCCUUCCCUUAGCAGUCGGCAAAGGCAAACUAGUCCCUAUUUGUUGGGCUAGUUUAUAUAUCAUUGAAAAAAUAAGGAAAAAAGAGUGUCGUUUUUAUUCAUAGAU